CAAUCUCCCACCACUAUACGACUCCGGGCACAAUCGGAUCUGAUAACAAUUCGCGUACGUACUAGUUUGUUAUCAGAUCCGCCUAUACCCGUAUCUUCCUAUCUCCUCUCGCCUCCCCUUCGCUCACCUCCUCCUCACUUUUCUCCGCCCUUCUCUCCGCCUUCACCCGCCCUAUCCCCCAUCCGUCCAUUCUGCCACUUCCCAUUCCCCUAAGUGCAGGUCUACUCGACAUGUUCUCCAUCUCUCUCCAACAGUCAACCAUGCUCCCAUCGUGAUAAUUCCCUAAAGGCAGGAAUAACAAUUCUUUGACAAACAAUCUCACCAACAACCCGCACUUCAUCAAUCAUGUGCGACCAUCCACCAGACACUCACCUGCACUUAGGGGUCUAGUCUAAUUAUCCCAAAUCCCGCAUAUAUAUUAAAAGGGUCUUUCUCCCACCGCUCUCUUGCUUCCCUUUUCAUUUUCUUACCCCUCCAAAUAUCCUACCUACUCCAAAUCACUGUCGUCGUCAUACCCUUCCCCCACCAACGCCCGCCCAUUUUUACCUGCCCCACCACCGCUUUCAGCCAAUAAUACCGCCAUUCUCGAAUAGAUAAUACCCCAAAAGCAAAAGAUAACACUCCAAAAAACCAAUCUUCUCCUACGAGGAUACCUUUUUUGCGUCUAAUCACCCCUCAAUCGCAACAAUGACCACCACCAGCAUGGUCAAGCCCAAGUUCCUCACCCGAGGCAACGAGCUCGGCGUCGUCGCAGUCGGCUUCUCAGGCGGCCAGACCAAAGCAGGCGUUGACGCCGGCCCGUCCGAGCUGAUCAAGAACGGUCUCCUCACCCAGCUCCACGAGGACCUAGGCUAUGAUAUCCACCACGACGGCAAAGUGCACAACUACUCCGACGUGAUCCCCGACCCAUCGGCCGACCCCGACCACCGCGGCAUGAAGCAGCCCCGCGCCGUGUCCGCCGUCACCCGCGCCCUCUGCGACCAGGUCUACGCACAAGCCAUCACGGGCCGCUGCGUUCUCACCCUCGGCGGCGACCACAGCAUUGCCAUUGGCUCUGUUGCUGGGACCGCGAAGGCUAUCCGCGAGAGGUUGGGGAGAGAGAUUGCGCUCAUCUGGAUCGAUGCGCAUGCGGAUAUUAAUACGCCCGAGAUGUCGGAUUCGGGGAACAUUCACGGGAUGCCUGUUGCGUUCCUGACGGGGUUGGCAAAGGAUGAUGAUGAGAGUAUGUUUGGAUGGCUUAAGGAUGAGAUGAAGGUUAGCUUGAAGAAGCUGGUCUACAUCGGUCUUCGCGACGUGGAUAGGGCGGAGAAGGUUCUCCUGAGAGAGCACGGCGUCAAGGCGUUCAGCAUGCAUGAUAUCGACAAAUACGGCAUCGGCAAAGUCAUGGAAAUGGCACUCGCCCACAUCGGCAACGACACCCCCAUCCACCUCUCCUUCGACGUCGACGCCCUCGACCCCCAAUGGGCGCCCAGCACCGGCACCCCCGUCCGCGGCGGCCUCACCCUGCGCGAGGGCGACUACAUCGCCGAGUGCGUGCAUGAGACUGGUAGCCUCGUCGCUAUGGAUAUUGUGGAGGUGAAUCCGUCGCUCGAGCCGGGGUUGGAUGGCGUGGGUGCGUUUGAGACUGUUAGGGCGGGGUGCUCGGUCGUGAGGUGCGGGUUGGGGGAGAGUUUGUUGUAGAUUUUGGGUUUUUGGGGGGAGGGAGUUUUUGGGGUAUGGGAGGAAGGACUCUGCAAUUAGACGGUGGCGCGGAUUGCAUUUUACCCUAGAAGCUGUGGUCCCGCAUUAUAUGCGUCUUUGGCUUUAUAUUUUCCAGUUACUAUAAAAG